AUGGAUCCAUACCAGUAUCGGGCUUUAGGACCGGGCGAGAUCCGGCUGCUCCGUCUCCACCCAGCGCCGGACCCGCGCCGAGACCUCACCGGGACCAUUCUCCACCAUGAGCUGGCCAACCCGGCAUUUCGCUGGGGGUCAGACGGACCGUAUCUGGAGCACAAGCUACCAUACGAAGCCGUAUCCUAUCACUGGGGAAGCAACACCAAGACACCCUUCAAGCUUCUCGUGAACGACGAGAAUGCCGACAGCAGCACCCCGUUAUCAGUCAUCCCAUUAACCGCAUCUCUACAUACCCUCCUCCGCCAGAUUGCUUACACCGACAGAGACCGCGUGGUCUGGGUCGACGCAAUCUGCAUCAACCAAGUCCGCAGCGCCGACAACGUCGAGAAGGGCGCGCAGAUCCGCAUGAUGCCCGACAUCUACGGCAUCGCCGCGCGCGUGCUCGUGUACCUCGGCCCGUCCGCAGACAACAGCGACCUCGCCAUCGCCUUCCUCGAGCACAUCUCCGACUUUGCAGACUACCUCGACGAAGUCCUCCCGACGGCCAACUUCGCGGCAGCCCUAGCCGCGGGCUUCGUGAUGCCGCCGCCGGACGCGCCCGACUGGCCGGCGCUCCGCGCCUUCUUGCGCCGCCCUUGGUUCCGCCGCGUCUGGGUGAUCCAAGAGUUCGUCAAUGCCACUGAGCUUACGGUCAUGUGCGGCGCGCGGGAGAUUGACUGGCGCAGACUGUUCCUUGCGACGCGGGCCUACGUCGACAACCUCCGCCUUGCGCACCAGGGAUUCAGGUCGAACUGGCUGGUUCCGCUGGAGCUUCUGGUCCCGUGGUACCGCCGGCACAGGCUCGACCAGUGGAGACUCGCGCACGAGGGUGCGAGCGCGAUGCACACGAUUGGGGACUUCCGUCUGAGGCGCGGAGGAUACAUGAGUCCCGCGUUCAUGUGGUUUAACUACCGGGAAGACACGGAAAACGAUAGGUGGAAGGAGCCGUUGCCCGUGAAACGAGAUUUUGCGGCGAUUUGCGAGUAUGAACGCUUGGCAGCGCCGAGGAUGUUGGAGCACAGGGCGGAAGGGACGGUAUUUCCCUUUGGGAGGAGAGGGUUGCUCGAGUUGUUCAUGAUGACCGGUACCUUUCUGGCCACGCAGCCUGUGGAUAGAAUCUAUGCCUUGUUGGGGCUGGCUGGGGAUGUUGACGGCGAGGAGUUUGCGCCCAUUUACUCAAAAGAACAGACCCUUGCGGUGGUUAGCAAGCGGUUCGCGAUUGGCAAGAUUGAGCAGGGCCAGGGAGCCGAGGUUCUCGCUCGUUCGGGGCUGAGGUCGAAGAGGUCUAAGAAACGCGGUGGUGACAAUGAUGAAGCGCCGUCGUGGGUGCCCGACUGGACUUCCGUCACGUAUGCCCAAGACAAAAGACCUGGGUUCACCCUGCGAUCACAAGACAAGCAACGCGAAGAGGCCGAGUCGAUGGAGAAUCAGAAUCAAGAACCUAACGAAGAUGACACGAACUUGGCACCACCAACGGACGGGGGGGAUGAUAAGCCACUCGAGGAUUCGAUGCGCUUGUACACAGCCUGCGGCGACACAAACUUCUACCACCAUUUCGACGAAACGCGCAACAUUCUUUACGUCAAAUCCAUUAGUGUUGACAGCAUAGCCGCUAUCAUACCUGGAAGAAUGAGGCUGGGGGCCUUCAUGAACGAGUUCCUGAUCAUGGCCACGUUCAAUAUCGCGGGUAGGGAGUACCCGACGGGCGAAAAGCUUGAGGACGUGAUUUGGAGAACUCAAAUCGCCAAUCGGACGUCGCAGGGUGAGGUCCCAGGGCCGGAGGUCUUUGAGUUGUACCAAAUGGUGAAGAAGCGAGACCGCCACAUGUUCGCCUUUGUCGUCUUCACCAUGGCGAUAGCGUGCGUCCUGGCGUCGCCUUUCGCACUCGCCAUCCUGCGGCGACUGCCGCUGUAUCUGGAGAUCUUCAUCUUGGCCAUGGCCUUCCUCAAGGGGAACCUGCCUUUGAAGUAUGCUAGGCUGUCUGUGGUAUGUAUUCUCCUCCUGCAAUGGCUGUAUUGGGUGUUUGCCAUACCGCUAUUGUUGUAUUCUCUCUAUAUUGGAGUAUGCAAUGUCUGGCAGACGGAAUUCCUGGUGGCUGUCUCACAGUUCGGGGUGACCUCGGCUUCAGACGUGGGCUCCCUUCCUCCGGAGUGCGCCAUGUACACAAACCAGCUGUCGAAUAUCGCCAACAAAUAUGAGCUUGCUGUCACCAAGCAAGGGCUGAUAGGGUUGGUGCCGCUGUGCACGGAGGUGGGAGACAGGGUUGGUGUGAUCCACGGCUGUGACGCACCAUUUGUUCUGCGCCUAGAUGAACAGAGGGGGCUUCUCAGAGUUGUUGGAGAAAGUUACAUCCACGGCAUAAUGGAUGGAGAGCUGGCUGGGGGGCUUGCUGAAGAAGUUGGCUUGUACUGA